ACGGUGGUGUAAUGAGCGCCUCCAGUGUGUGUAAAUAGAGUGUGACGCAUUGCCUGGGUCUUAGUGGGUGUGUAGCAGUGAAGUGGUGAGCUUCCCACACUCCAGCUGCUGUAGUUCACGGAGUGACCAGACUGCUACCAAGGUAGACCACAGUGACCACAGUGUUACUAGAUAGGAGAGAUGGCUCAGCCCCUGAGGAAAGUACUUGAGGACCCGGACGUGGUGCGUGGACUCCAGGAGAACCCCGGCACCUACAGAUUUAAGAAUGGAGCCUUCUUGGAGGUGUCAGCGGUACACUGGCCUCCCCAUAUAGUGGUGGAGGAGGCUGUGGGCGGAGGGGGAGAGCUCACUGUGGGCGGACCCAUGGCAGAUCUCCUCACUACCCUCGCCGACUCCCUUAACUUUACGUACAAGAUUGUACAACCAGGAGACCGGGCAUGGGGUGCCAAGCUGCCCAAUGGUACUUGGUCUGGUAUGGUCGGGCAGGUGAGCAGACAGGAGGUGGACAUCGCUCUGGGACCUUUUGGAAUCUCCGAAGCCAGAUUUAAGGUUGUCGAUUAUACUCGCGCGUUUUACUACGACGACCGUAGUAUACUGGCGAUCAAGGGUCUGCCUGAGGUGGACCCCUGGGGGUUUAUGUACCCCUUCACGCCCCUGGUGUGGGCGGCGCUGGUGGCGGCGCUCCUGGUGGCCUGUCUGGCUGUGGUGGUCCUGGGCAGCAGACCCAAGACCUGGACUCACCUGUCAUGGGCCUCACAGCUCCUCCUCCUACACGUUCGAAUUGUCCUCCAUCAGGAUCUGUCGAUGAAGACAAGCAGUGGGCGGGAGAGGCUGGUGGUGGGCGGGUGGAUGGUGGUGGCUAUGAUGUUGAUGUGGAGUUACAGAGGUACUCUCAUCUCCCUCCUGGCGGUGCGUCACGUGCCUCAGCCCCUACAAUCUAUCAGGGACGUUGUCGACGACUCGACCGUUACCGUCAUCACGAUACCUGAUACCAUCUUGACAGACAUCAUAUCAGUGAGUGCCUGCCAAGUACCUGGUAGAGCCCAGCCAUGA